GGUAAAAAAACUCCCUUUCCUCGCGCACCAAAGAAGUGCGGCCACAGUUGCGUUUUUGGGGAGGAGGGGAGAGAAGCAAAAACAAAACAAUGGAGAAAGACGUCGAAACGACGUCGUCCGCUGCGCGAUAUGGGGAAGAGAGAGGCGCCGGAGGGAAGCUUCGGAAGGCGCGGAAGCCGCCAUCGACGCCGUACGCCCGUCCUCAUGCGGCGAGUGAAGCCCUGACUGGACAGCGCCGCUGGCUGUCGAAGCUCGUCGAUCCUGCUUGCCGCCUCAUCAGCGGCGGAGCCUCCCUGAUUUUCCCCUCGUUCUUCUCGAAAUCUCCGAUCGCCGGCUCCGACACGGAGGAUCACGAUGACUCGGAGUCCGAAACAGAGGCACAACAACAGGAUGCCGGUGUUGAUUAUCAAAAUUGCACAAUCAAUCAUGAGAUGUCCAGAACAACUGGUGUAGUUGGUACAAGCAAAGCAGUAGAUGUUUCAGAGAGCAUUUCUGAUUUGGUUUGGCAGAAACAAGACCAAAAGGGUGACCUGCCCAAUGAGAAUGGUCUUUCUGAAAUUGAACACCUAUUGAAAGGGAAAAAGUUUUCCAGGGAUGAAGUGAACCGUUUAAUGGAAGUUAUUAAUUCAAGGGCUGUUGAACUUCCUAAUGUGGAGAAAGAAAAGAAAUACCAAAGCAGGACUCCAGGAGGAGAAACCAAAGCGCCUGUGGAGACCAAAGGUCCUGCAGCAUCCCAGGAAAUUGUGGAAAUGACAUCUGAGAGAAGUCAGAGAGAUUUGCAUGGAUCUUUGUGGAAAACCUCAACACCCCUUCCCCAGUCAAUUAUGCCAGAAGUCGCUGCUUCUCCGAUAGAGAUUGCAAAAGCAUACAUGGGAAGCCGAACAAUAGACACAGACAAUUCUUCUAGGGGAAUGAUAUCUAGAAAUGAAAGGAGUUUACUUUUUGGUGCUGAGCUUCCAUCAAAGCCAUUUAUUCCACCACCUUCACCAAAGCCAUCUGCAUACUGGCCAGGUGCCAUGGUACAGGAUCAACGUGAUUAUUUUACCCCUCAAACUCAUAGAGCAAGAGUUGGGCUUCAUAAUUUUCCGCGAACCCCUUACUCUCGAACGAUUUUUUCAAAGUCCAAGUCCAAGUUAACCCCAUCACAAGUUGAGAGAGAUAAGUGGCUGAGGCCACCCACUUCGGUGCAAAAGUUGCAAACUCCUGUAUUUGGACAGGCGAAGCCGAGGAGUGAUGUAUUGGAAGAUGAAUACGGAUCUGUAGGACCAAUUCGUAGGCCAAGACAUAAAAUUUCUACACAAACACCUUUCAGAGGAUCCAAUUUUAUUGGCUCUUCAGUUGGACCUUCAAAGGUGGAAAAUUCCAAUAUUUCCCAAGGUUUCUUGCUUCCUGUCAACAGGAAUUUUGAACCUGGAGGAUCAAGUAGCAGCUCCCAAUUUCAGUCAGUAGACAGAAAGAAUCGCAGUUUUGAUGUGGGUGUACCAACUGUUCAUCCUCAGUCUAGUCAGAUCGCUAGGACUAUCUUGGAGCAUAUAGACAGAAAUCCUCCCACUCCCAAAGACAAGUCAGAGGAGUUAAAGCUAGCCAUUGCGUGGAAGAAACCAGUUUCUUCCAGUACCCUUCCAACUGAUCCAAAUGGACAGAACAGCGUACUGAAUGUAAAAGGGUACGAUUCUCAUAAGAUAGUGAAUAUAGAUGGCCAAGAGGAAUCUGCUCAAGAAAAUGCUGACGAAGGCAAUUCUCUUUUUAUGAAUCCGCGCCAAGAAAAUACUGCAAAAGCUGUUGAUUCUGUAAGCAAUCCUCCUCGUUCUGAUGUUUUCCUUGGCAAUGGGGGCAGAUCAUCUCAAAUCAAAAGUUUGCAUGGGGUGCUAAAUCUACAAAAGAAGCCUGCAACUUCAGGGACUAAGCCUGUCCUGUCUUCUAUAUCCAUUAACAAGCCUGACUCGAAGUGGACAUUUUCUUCCGAUCAGGGAUCUGGGUUUACUUUUCCUGUUUCUACAUCCUCUGAGGUGCUUUCCGAACCGCCAACACCAUCGAUCGUGCCAUCAUUCUUGGUGAGCGGUCAGCAUCAGCCCAAAGAUGGAGUGGCUGUUCCUUCAUACACAUUUGGCUCAAGCAAGUCUAGCUCGGCCCUUGUGUUCUCUUUCCCCUCAACGAGCAGUUCUGCAAUCCAAAAUGAUUCUUCAGACAUUAAGUUCAGCUUUGGAUCAGAUAAGCCCAGGUUAUCUUUCAGCUCAAUAACGAAAGAUGCAAUCUGCUAUUAACUGAGAGCAAGACAAGUCAAUUUUUUUCCCUUCCUGUUCUCUUUAAUUCUUAAUUUUUGAGGUGAAUUUGAUGUUAGAAUUCAUAAAAGUUAUGAUCCAAACAUCGGGAAAGCCAGUGGUUGGAAAUUUUUUUCUGAAAAUAUUAAAUAACCAAAUAUUCUUAGUGUCUUCACUAUAGCAGUUAAUUUCCCUAAUUAUAGGUCUAACAACAAUUGGAGAGUUUUGUAUGACGAUACCAGUAUUUUGGUCAUUACAUUCUAGUACAUAAUUGUCAAGUUUGUUGGGCAUAUUAAAGUAUUUUUUUGAGUAAAGCACAA